AUGCUCACCUUCCCAUGGCUAGCUGUGAACGAACCAGGCGAUCAGAUACACUGCGACGCGUGUGGCUGCGAUCUGACCCACUCCAUACGCUUCAAAUGCGCUGCACCCGAAUGUAAGACAGAAGAGGGUGUAGACAUAUGCCCCCCUUGCUUCUGCGCAGGGAAGGAAUUUGCAGGUCAUAAGCGUACACAUCCGUACCGGGUCAUCGAAUUCAGCUCGAAUCCUAUCUUCACAGAAGACUGGGGCGCAGAUGAGGAAAUGCUGCUGCUCAAGGGAAUCGCUAGCUUCGGGUUCGGCAACUGGAAGAGAAUAGCAGAACAUGUCGGUACCCGAACAAAGGAGGAGGUCGAGGAACACUAUCAUAAAGUCUACAUCGAGUCCAAGGACUGGCCACUACCCCGAAUGGACGCCACCUUCGACAUCCCCCCAGCCGAAUUCCAAGACCGCAAACGCCGGCGCAUCGCCAAGAUGUCUGCCACCGUCCCUCCCCCGCCCCCCACCGCACCCACCUCGGCCCCCAACGUACACGACAUCCAUGGCUUCCUCCCCGGGCGCCUUGAAUUUGACAAUGAGCUUGAGAACGAGGCGGAGGACCUGGUCAAGGACCUCGAGUUUGGUGUCGUGCUCAAGUACGGCGGGGAGGACAUCCCCGAGGACCCGAAUGAUGUAGACGUGAAGGCACGCGCGAGGUGGGAGGAGGAGAAGCGAAGGCCGCCUGCGCCCCCAGUGGGUGUAAAGGGGACGAAGGCACCGAGAGGCAUGCCGGGGAAGAAGGCCCCUGCGGCACGGGUGAUGGGGAAGGAUGCGCCGAAUGGGCAUGCAAGGGUCAAGCAGGAAGAUGGGGACGAGGAUGGUGAGGAGGCGGGGGAUGAAGUGACGUAUCCACCGCCGUUGGAGACGGAGGAUUCGCUGAACCUAAAGUUGACUAUGCUGGAGAUGUACGCGCAGAAGGUGCAGAAGCGGAUGGAGGCGAAGGCGGUGAUGUUCGACCGUGGGUUGUUGGAUUACAAGAAGAUGCAAGCUAACGACAAGAAACGACAACGAGAAGAACGCGAGAUCCUUCACCGCCUCCGACCCUUCUCCAAACUUCAAACCGCCGAGGACUUUGAGGUCUUCAGCGCCGACAUCCUUUACGAAGCCCUUCUCCGCAAACGUAUUCAAGAUCUCCAGAACUAUCGCCGCCUCGGGCUUCAAACCACCGCUGAUAUCGAGAGAUACGAUAUUGACCUCGCCAAGCGCGCCGCCUCCGCCAAGGCCGCCACCGCCCACUCCUACUACGCCCGGCCCCGUGCCACGCCCGCCGACUCCGACAACGCCGCCAAGCGCCCCGGCCCGCUCAACCUCGCCAACUCGCCCGCGCUGCACCUCCUCACGCCCGCGGAGCAGACAUUGUGCUCGCAGCUCCGGAUCCUGCCACGCCCGUACCUGGUGGUCAAGGAGACGCUGGUGCGCGAGUAUGCGAGACGCGGUGGGAAGCUGAGGCGCAGGGAGGCGCGCGACUUGGUCAAGAUCGACGUGAACAAGACGAGUCGGGUGUGGGACUUCUUGGUGCAGGCGGGAUACCUCAAUAUCACGAGCGAUAACCUGCAGGGGCAGAAGGAGACGGGGGUGAAUGGGAGCUCAUCACAACCACCUGGGACGGGGGCGACGACGCCUGCGCUGGGUGGGCAGCCCAGUGGAAGCGCACCGACGCCCACGCCACCGAAGCCGCCAUUAUCAGCGCCGCCCUCGUCGACACCUGCCUGA